AGAAAAAUACAAAGUUCAUUCGUUCAGUCCAAUAAUAAGAAGCAUGUAAAAAAAGACAUAUGCUGCUCUGCUCUGCUCUGCUCUUUUGGGGGAUAUAAUAAUACCCGGAGCGUACGUCUUCCCUCCCCUGCACCACACCUCGACACCGAGAAAGCACACCACAUAUACAAGUAGUAGAUCGUUGCUCCAUUAACUCGUUAUCGAGUUGAGAUUUUGAGGUUGAGGAGCAGAGCGGCUGGAGAAGAUGGCGGCCGGGAACGAGUGGAUCAACGGGUACCUGGAGGCGAUCCUGGACGCCGGUUCGAAGCUGCGCGGCGGCGGGCAGCAGCGAGGGGCCGUGUCGUCGCUGCCACGGCUGGAGCCGGCGCCGGCGCUGGGGCUGGCGGCGGAGGAGUCCGGCGCUGGGGCUGGCGCCGCGUACAGCCCCACCAGGUACUUCGUCGAGGAGGUCGUCCGGAGCUUCGACGACCAGGCCCUCCACAAGACAUGGACAAAGGUGGUGGCGAUGAGGAACAGCCAGGAGCGGAACAACCGGCUGGAGAACCUGUGCUGGAGGAUCUGGAACGUCGCCAGGCAGAAGAAGCAGGUGGAGUGGGAUUACUCCCGGGAGGUGGCUCGGCGGAAGCUGGAGCAAGAGCUGGGCAGCCGGGAGGCCGCCGAGGAGCUCUCCGAGGGCGAGAAGGAGAAGGACACGACCUCCAAGCCCGACAGCGGCGCUGCCCAUCCGUCGUCGGAAACGGCAGCGCCGGCAGCCGACCAGCCGCGCAGCCGGCUCGCCAGGAUCAACUCCGACGUGCGCCUCGUGUCCGACGAGGAGGAGGAGCAGAGCAGGAACAGGAACCUCUAUAUCGUCCUCAUCAGCAUCCAUGGGCUGGUGCGUGGGGAAAACAUGGAGCUGGGGCGAGACUCCGACACGGGAGGCCAGGUGAAGUACGUGGUGGAGCUGGCCCGAGCGCUGGCGGCGACGGCGGGGGUGCGCCGCGUGGACCUGUUGACGCGGCAGAUCUCGUGCCCCGACGUGGACUGGACCUAUGGCGAGCCCGUGGAAAUGCUAGCUCGCCUCUCCUCAUGCGACGGCGACGAAGACGGCGGCGGCGAGUCCGGAGCCUACAUCGUGCGGCUGCCGUGCGGGCCCCGGGAUCAGUACAUCCCAAAGGAGUCCCUGUGGCCCCACAUCCCGGAGUUCGUUGACCGCGCGUUGACCCACAUCACCGAUGUCGCCCGUUCCCUGGGCGAGCAGCUCCAUGCUCCCUCCGACGACCCCGCCGCUCCCCCUCCGGCACCGGCGUGGCCGUACGUGAUCCACGGGCACUACGCGGACGCGGCGGAGGUGGCGGCGAGCCUAGCCACAGUCUUAAAUGUGCCGAUGGUGAUGACGGGCCACUCACUCGGCAGAAACAAGCUAGAGCAGCUCCUCAAGCUCGGCCGGUCGCCCCGGGACGAGGUCGUCCAGGGCACCUACAAGAUCGCCCGCCGCGUCGAGGCCGAGGAGACGGGCCUUGACACGGCGGAGAUGGUGGUCACGAGCACCAAGCAGGAGAUCGAGGAGCAGUGGGGGCUCUACGACGGCUUCGACGUCAAGGUGGAGCGGAAGCUCCGGGUCCGCCAGCGGCGCGGCGUGAGCUGCCUCGGCCGGUACAUGCCCCGCAUGGCUGUCAUCCCGCCCGGCAUGGACUUUAGCUUCGUUGAUACCCAGGACAUCGUCGAUGACAAAGGCGAUGACCUGAAGAUGCUUAUUGCUGGCCCUGGCAAGGCCAAGAAGGCUCUGCCGGGGAUCUGGUCGGACGUGCUCAGGUUCUUUACAAACCCUCACAAGCCGAUGAUCCUCGCGCUGUCGCGGCCGGACCCGAAGAAGAACGUCACCACGCUGCUCAAGGCCUAUGGCGAGAGCCGCCAGCUGCGCGAGCUCGCCAACCUGACGCUGAUACUGGGGAACAGGGACGACAUAGAGGACAUGUCUGGCGGCGGCGGCGCCGUGCUCACGGCGGUGCUGAAGCUCAUCGACUGCUACGACCUCUACGGCCAGGUUGCCUAUCCCAAGCACCACAAGCAGACGGAUGUGCCUCACAUCUACCGUCUCGCCGCCAAGACCAAGGGGGUGUUCAUCAACCCUGCUCUUGUGGAGCCAUUUGGCCUCACGAUCAUCGAGGCUGCGGCAUAUGGUUUGCCGGUGGUGGCGACACGGAACGGCGGGCCGGUGGACAUCCUGAAGGCGCUCCACAACGGGCUGCUGGUGGACCCGCACGACGCGGCGGGGAUCACGGCGGCGCUGCUGGGCCUGGUGGGCGACAAGGCCCGCUGGGCCGAGUGCCGCCGCAACGGGCUGCGCAACAUCCACCGCUUCUCCUGGCCGCACCACUGCCGCCUCUACCUCUCCCACGUCGCCGCCUACUGCGACGACAACCAGCAGCAGCAGCCGCUGCUCCGCCUCCCUUCUUCCUCCACCGCCGCGGGCUCGAGGUCCGGCGCUGAUGACUCCCUCUCGGACUCCCUCCGCGGCCUCUCGCUCCGCAUCUCCGUGGACGCGUCCCACGAGCCCAAUGCCGCCGACUCUGCCGCCGCCAUCAUGGACGCGCUCCGCCGCCGCCCGGCCUCCGACAAGCAGGCCCCGCCCAGGGGGAACUCCGCCAGCAGGCCCAUGGGCUUCGCGCCUGGCACGAGGCAGAGCCUGCUCGUCCUCGCCGUCGACUGCUAUGGGGAAGAUAGGAAGCCGGAUCUUGAGCGACUGAAGGAAGCCAUAGAUCUGGCCAUGUCGGCGGCCGGCGAUGGCGCCGGCGGGCGGACGGGGUUCGUACUGUCAACCGGCAUGACGAUCCCGGAGGCUGCGGACGCGCUCAGGGCCUGUGGCAUCGACCCCGCUGCCUUCGACGCCAUGGUCUGCAGCAGCGGGGCCGAGAUCUGCUACCCGUGGAAGGAGCUCACGGCCGACGAGGAGUACGCCGGACACGUGGCAUUCCGGUGGCCCGGGGAGCACGUGAGGGACGCCGUGCCGAGGCUCGGGAAGGCUGACUACGGUGGCGCGCAGGAGUCGGACCUCGCCGUCGACGCCGCCGCCUCCUCCGUGCACUGCCACGCCUACGCCGCCUCCGCCGCGUCCAAGGUGAAGAAGGUGGAUUCGAUCAGGCAGGCGCUAAGAAUGCGCGGGUUCCGCUGCAACCUCGUCUACACGCGCGCCUGCACCCGCCUCAACGUCGUCCCCCUCUCCGCUUCCCGGCCCCGCGCGCUCAGGUACCUGUCGAUCCAGUGGGGGAUCGAGCUGUCCAAGGUAGCGGUGCUGGUGGGGGAGAGCGGCGACACCGAUCGCGAGAGGCUCCUGCCGGGGCUGCACAGGACGGUGAUCCUGCCGGGGCUGGUGGCGCGCGGCAGCGAGGAGCUCCUCCGCGGCGAGGAUGGGUACGCCAUGGAGGACGUGGUGGCCAUGGACUCCCCCAACAUCGUCACCCUCGCUCAAGGCCAGCCUGCCGCCGAUCUCCUCAAGUCCAUCUAAUCCAGACGACCAGACUCCACAGCGUUGCUCUGCGGGUGGCUACUCCGCCUGGAUUAUUAAUCCCAGCCUGUGAUUUUUGCAGGAAGAUUUCAAAUUAACUUCCCUAUACGGUUUAUAUACCUGUGCAAGCAUAAGGAUUUGUUCGGUGUUGCUGCUGCUGCAGGCUUCUGUGGCUGAUAAUUUUUCAUUUCUUAGCCAUGCCUCCGUGAGGUAUGUGUGUAUACCAGUGUAUAUAUAAACGGAGCACCGAGAAAAACAUUGUUGCGAAUGGAAUAUGUUGUUUAUUUAGAGAUGGGCCAUAGAACA